AUGCUGAUUGACCGGGUCCUGUCGUUUUCGAGAUACCGUCUCAUUGCCAUUGCGGCGGCGCUGAUCCUGCCGGCGCUGGCCUUCGUCGCCUGGCCUCACAUGGCGCACGCGUCUGGAGUCAGCGAGGAGACAAAGUUCGUCCUGAAUACCUUCGCGUUCCUAAUCUGGGGCGCGCUGGUGAUGUGGAUGUGCGCCGGGUUCACCAUGCUGGAAGCCGGCUCAGUGCGGACCAAGAACGCCGCGAUGAUCUGCCUCAAGAACAUCGGGCUCUAUUCAAUCGCCGGGCUGGCGUUUUACUUCAUCGGCUACAACCUGAUGUACAACAACGUAGAGCAGGUGAUCGGCACGGUGGUAUGGCCGCUGUACGGGCCGUCGGCGGAUGAGAUCGCGUUGCUGGGCGGCGACGAGUCGGCGCUGGGAGCGGUGAUCGAUAACGGCUAUUCGGUGAUGUCCGACUGGUUCUUCCAGAUGGUGUUCGUGGCGACCACUGCUUCCAUCGUUUCCGGGGCGUUGGCCGAGCGGGUCAGGAUGUGGAGCUUUUUCGUGUUCACGCUGGUGCUGACAGCGUUGAUCUAUCCCGUGGUCGGAGCCUGGACAUGGGGCGGCGGCUGGCUGGCAGCGAUGGGCUUUCAGGACUUCGCCGGGUCCACCAUCGUGCACAGCACCGGUGGGUGGGCCGCGCUGGCCGGUAUGCUGGUGGUCGGACCGCGCCUGGGCAAGUUCCGCCAGAAUGGGACCGUGCGGGCCACGCCGCCGUCCAACGUGGUGCUGGUUACGCUGGGGGUCUUCAUCCUGUGGUUCGGGUGGUUCGGGUUCAACGGCGGGUCGCAGUUAGCCCUCGGUUCGGCAGUUGACGCGGUGGCGAUGAGCAACGUGCUGAUAAACACGAACCUUGCGGCGGCGGCUGGAGUGAUCACGGCCAUGGCUUUGUCACGCCUCGUUUUCGGGCGUAUCGACCUGCUGGUGUGUCUCAACGGCGCGCUGGCCGGGUUGGUGUCCAUCACGGCAGGGCCGGAUAUCUUGACCCACUUCUGGGCAGUGAUCAUCGGCAUCGUCGGCGGCGCUAUAUGUACCGGUGGUCUCAAGCUACUGGAAAUUUUGAAGAUCGACGACGUGGUUGGGGCGGUGCCCGUGCACCUGUUUGCCGGCGUGUGGGGCACGGUAGCCGUGUGCAUUGCGGCCGGAGGGAACAUCGGCGUCCAGCUGGUCGGCAUAGCGUCCAUUGGCGCCUUUGUAUUCGGCGCAUCGUGGAUCGUCUGGUUCGCCAUCGAAAAGACCAUCGGCGCCCGGGUCUCAGAAAAUGCCGAACGACUGGGCCAGGACGCAGCAGAACUGGGCAUGGAGUCGUACCCCGAAUUCGUGCUCAUGCCGGAGAUGGACGACGAUUAG